AUGAUGAAAAUUGCUUAAAAAAUAAUAUUAUCUCAUAUAUGUUUUAAUUGUAAAUUUUAAUGUCCAAUUAAUUGCUUAAAAUGUUUAUUUGGUUAAUGUCUUGAAUGCAUUGAAGGAUUUCAAUGUAAGAAAAUAGAUGUUAUCCGAAAUGUAAAGACUAAUUUAUUAAAUCUGAUAAGAUAUGCGAGGACGAUAAUAAUAUUCAAUUUGAUAGAUACUAUAAAUGUUAAUAUAGUUGUCAAAUAGAGUGUCUUGUAUGUUAAAACAUGAAAUGA